CGCGGGGACGCGGGGACCCGGCGCCGGAGUGAGUGCGGGCGCGGGCCGGCGACCAGGUUGCGGCGUGGGUGGCCGGCGUUCUCUCCGGAGGGCAAGGUGCUAUUUUCAGAAUCCAGGUAGAAUCUAACACAGUAAAACAAUGCCAAGGGAAAAGGAAGGAAAACAAAAAACUAAAGGAACACCCCUGCCCAUCGUUCCAAUUCUUCGGAAGUUCCUGAAAACGUAUGAAAAGCACUGUGUCCAGACGCAGACAGCUGUGUGUCCAGCCAUCAGACAGGACUUGAAAACCAGCAUCAACAACGAACAGAUUCUUAGGAAAUUUAUGCUUGUAAGACCUGGAGACUCCCCAACAAGCAUCUUACCCAUUUCCUUAGAACCUUUGCUCAUGACAAUUCACGAUGAGUGUUAUAUGCUGGGGAAAGAGAUCUGUAUCUGGAGCCUUCAACUGAGCAACCCAGAGAUUGCCAGACUGGCUUCACUUCUGGAGUUGAAGGGGAGUGCCGCCUGCCCCUUUACCAGCCUGGAGCUCACUGAUUGCAGGAUGGAUCUGUGGUCUCUCCGGAGACUCGGGAGGGCUCUGCCACGCAGCCAUCUGCGUUCUCUCAUCCUCGAUUACAGCAGAUUUGGGAAGGAAGAAGUUGAGAGUCUUUUCUCAGGCCUGGAGAACAACCAGAGGCUUCAAGCCCUCAGUCUGCGCUACUGUGGUCUGGGGCCACAGAGCGGACCCCGGCUGGGUACCAUCAUAUGCCAGACCGCCAUCAGUGAGCUGCACCUCGACGGCAAUUUCUUACAAUGUUCCGGAGCUCUGGCUCUCCUCAGACCCAUCGCGGACUAUGCAGAGAUGCAGGGUAGAGAGCAGCCGGCCAUGGCCCCACCAGACCCUGGGAGUCCCCCUCAUCAGCUGCAGGCCAAACAGAGGGGCAGUUCGGCUUUGAACCAGAUUACAGAGUCGCCUGGAACUCUAACACAGAAAACUACUUCAGGGAAGGAGAGGAGGAAAAAAGGAAUCAAGAAAAAAAUUAAAGAUUUGACUGAAGCUGGUCCUUGGUUAGUGAAGUUGUAUCUGGCAGAUAACGGCAUAGACAGAAGAGGAAAAGAAGGAGGAAAUGGCUUGUUGGAAUUCACUCAAAUUUUAACAUGCCUGAUCACAUACUCUGCUCACUUAAGGGAAAUUGACCUCAGAAACAAUGUCCUGGGAGAGAUGGCUGCUGCUGACAUACUUGAAGCACUGAGAGCCAGAAAGACAGGUAAACUCCCAGUCUUAAAAAUUACAGUCACUCCUCAAAUGUCUUCUGAUACCUUCAGAUCUAUUUGGAAAAAUAGCAGGAAAUCUAGGAUUACCAGUAAAAAGAAGAAGAAGGGUAAAAACUGAAUAUGGACGCUCUAUAUCUUUAUGGAUGCUCUCUGUUUCCAUGGCCAACUGGACAUGUGUAGAAAGAUCUUGAUUAUUCUAUAAGAAGAGUUUUCACUGGAGGGGCACAUGGGUGGCUCAGUGGGUUAAGCCUCUGCCUUAGGCUCAGGUCAUGAUCUCAGUGUCCUGGAUUUGAGCCCUGUCAGGCUCUCUGCUCAGCGGGAAGCUUGCUUCUUCCUCUCUCUCACUCUCUGCCUGCCUCUCUGCCUCUUGCGAUCUCUGUCUGUCAAAUAAAUAAACAAAAUCUUUAAAAAAAAAAUAAGAGUUUUCACUGGAGCCAAGCCCCUUUAAUGUUAUAAAAUUUGAAGACUAAUUUAUGAAAGUUCAAAGUAGUGUUAACCCUAUUAUGCUCGUCAUUUUCUAAAAUGUGGGUUUCCCAGUUGGCCUUAGUGAAAAUAGGUAGAAUUCUUCUCUGGUGCUUCUUAUGUGCAUGUGAAAUGUAAAAGUUGAAGGAAGUCAUGAUCUUUAUCUAAGAAACAUUUUUCUUUCAUGAGUAUAUUUAUAGUUGAGAAAAAUAAGAGUAUUUGGACAUAACCACUUUCUGAAAGAUGACAUCCCCCCAAAUGGGGAUCUUCCACAAAUGAGGAAACUUCUAAUCACUUUAAUCACUGCCCCCUCCACCCCAAAUGAAGAUGUCUGGUUGACUGAUGUAUGGAUGAUAAAUUGGAUUAGCUGAAAGUUAUAUGCCAUGACAAUAUGUUGCAGGGAUGGAAAGUGUGGACUGGGGAAAGAAAUGGGCUGGAAUUCUCUGUGGAAAACUGCUGCUUUCCAGGUGUGUGACAUUGGCCAACUCAGUUAACCUCACUGAGCCUCAGUUCUCCCUGAUAAGAUACAGAUAGAAUAGCACCCGUCUUGUAUGGUGAGCCCUGAGUGAGAUGACACAUGUCAAGCAUUUUUGGACAAUAUUGUUUCAUAGUAGUACAUGCUCAAAUAUAAAUAUUAGUGGCAGUUAUUGUUGAUGUUAGAAUUGAGUGACUCCAGUUAUUUCACUUGGAAAAGCUACACAAGAAAGAUAAAAAAGAAGAAGAAAAGACUUAAGACCUUUCCAUUUUGAAGUAAAAAAAAAAAACAACCCCCACAAAAAGCCAGUCUGUUGGGGUGCCUGGCUGGCACAGUCAGUAGAAAUGUGACUCUUGAUCUCAAUGUUGUGAGUUCAAGCCCCACGUUGGGUGUGGAGCCUACUCAAAAUAAAAAGUAAAAAAAAGACCUGGGGUGCCUGGGUGGCUCAGUGGGUUAAAGCCUCUGCCUUUGGCUCAGGUUAUGAUCUCAGGGUCCUGGGAUCGAGCCCCGCAUUGGGCUCUCUGCUCAGGGGAGCCUGCUUCCUCCUCUCUCUCUGCCUGCUUCUCUGCCUGCUUGUGAUCUCUGUCUGUCAAAUGAAUAAAUAAAAUCUUAAAAAAAAAAAAGACCUGUACCCCUGAAACAAAUAAUACAUUAUAUGUUAAUAAAAAAUAAAGAAAUGAAUGUAUAUUUUUUUAAAAAGCAAGACUGUCAUUCAUAUUAUGUACAAAUCAAGUUCUGGCAAAUCUGUGGAACCAAACUAUCUGUGAAAGUGAGGAUGUUUAUAGUAAAUUGUGUUCAGCCUUUAAUAUCUUAUUAUCUAGCUAGGAAGACAGGAUCCUCGCAUGUUAAAAAUAAACAAUAACAGAGUAUGAGAAUUGAAAUAAUAUAAAGUCUUCAGAACUUGUAUAUGCAAUGUAUGAGGCCUCCUGAGAAACUGUACCUGCUUUAAAAAAAAAAAAAAAAAAGGACCUUUUUGAAAUUUGCCCCAGACAUCCUCUCUGUGGGAGUGUAAAAUCUGUGUGCCUCUUUACAAGUCUUUUGACAUGGUCUAUCAAAGUGAAAAAUACAUAACUUUUGACCUAGGUAUUUGAGAAAUUUAUUUUACAAAUGUUCUCUCACACAUGUGUAAGCAAAUACUUAUAAUGAUGUUUAAUGCAGAACUGUUUGUUAUACAUUGGAAACAGCUUAACAUCUCUCAAAGGAAUCUCGGGGAAAUAAAUCACAGGGAAUGUGUGUGGUGUAAUACCAUGCAGCAUCAAGAAUAAUGUGGAUAAGGGAGGGCUUCUGUGGAAAGCUAUCCUACUCAUACUAUUAAACGAAAAGAGCACCUGGCUGGCUCAGUCAGUGGAGCAGCCAACUCUUGACCUCAGGACCGGGAGUUUGAGCCUCAUGUUGGGUGUGGAGAUUACUUAUAAAAAAAAAAUUUUUUUUAAAGCAGGCUAGAGAAUAAUGUGUGUAAUAAAAAAACUCAUAUGAAGAUGCAUUGAUUUAAUAUGAGCCAGCAGGGUGCCUGGGUGGCUCAGUGGGUUAAAGCCUCUGCCUUUGGCUCCAGUCAUGAUCCCAGGGUCCUGGGAUGGAGCCCCACAUUGGGCUCUCCGCUCAGCGGGGUGCCAGCUUCCUCCUUUCUCUCUCUCUGCCUGCCUCUCUGCCUACUUGUGA